GGCAAUUCAGAAGUUUAUUUACUGAAGACCGAGAAUUUAUCUGUGAAUUCAAGGUGCAUGGUGUGGGGAAAAUGUCAGAUAAGGAUAUACCUCACAAACUUCACACAUGGCUGACACAGGAAAUGCACUUCGCUCCACCCCCAGGGACUAAUCUGCCUUCACCAGAUGAUAUCAGAGGCAUCUGCCGUGGCUCGACAGUGGAGGUGUGGAAGUUCAUCCUCAGCCAUGUCCACUCGGUGCAGACUGUGAAGAAAGUCAAAGGAAAUUUGUCUCUUCGAGACAAGCGACACCUGAAGAACACCUCAGACAGAACGCCAUACAGCGAUGAGCAGGAGGCUUUAGCAGAGCGACGAGUUCAGCUGACAAGGGAGGUUAGCCAGUGUCGUUCCGACACCGUCCAUAUCGAGAAGGAUCUGAACAGACUUGAAAGGGAGAUAAUCCAAACAGAGAGGAACUACCGCAGUGGGUGUGAGGACCUGAGAAACAAGCAGAGGCGAGGUGGGCUGCUCCGCGUGUACAGCAAACACAAGAAGGAGAAUAUAGCGGAGUACCAGGAGUUUAAACACAGACUGGAGGCCCGGGUACAGGCGUUGGUGAACAAGUCCAGUGAAUCACAAGUGUUUCUGGCUGGAGGCAGCAAAAGAGGAGACAGUGGACUUGAGGCUGUCAGCUGUCGGCAAGUCCGAGAGACCUGCGACAACAUCGGCGCCUUCCUCCAUGAGACCCUCCAGGGGAGUUUUGCUGGGGACAAGAGAGCCUUUAAUGAGAAGAAGCAAGGAUUGUGGACUCAGGUGGAGACAACUCUGUCGGACUUGACCGUUGGUCAGCUGGUGAGCAGUCUGGUGACCAACACCCACCUGUCUGCCCUCGCCCUGCGAGAGAAGACCCUUGCCAUCAACAUCAAGCAGGAUGCAGAGAAACUCAGGUUCAAGUUUGAGAAAGUAGGACAGUUGAAGGACAUGUCAUCUUCACAACCACUACUGAUGUCUGUCCACCAACUGUUGGAGGAGAGUCAGCUGAGUCACCUCCAUGACUACAUGAUGACGGAGAAGUCCCUCAACCAGGCCUUCAAACUACAGCAGGAACACAAUAAGCUCCAGGACAAGCUGAGGAAGCUGCUCACACGGACCUUCACUGAUCGGCCAGGGGAACUGCAGCUUGCAGAGAAGGUUAUAGAUGGUGAGUUGGAAGUGUUGCGUUCCCGAGCCACGCUGUACUCUCUGCUGGAUGUGAAGGACAGACUCCAGGAGAACAUCGAAGCUGCACAGAAAGCCAGGGAGAAGAUGCACCUAGCGUACAAGAAAAUACAUGACUUCCAGCAGAUAGCAGACUCCAAGCAAAACCUGAUUAGAAUCUUGAGCAAGCAGAACCUGAACGCUCAGUCUCGACUGACUGCCCAGCAGUCCGAGAUUCAGCAGUACAUCCAGAAGUCCUUGUCCACUCAUCUGGCCGACACCAGGGCACUGACCAAUCAGUUGGAAGGGAGCGUGGCUGCGGAGAUUGACCGAUUCAGUGUGCUGUGUCUCCCUUACUUGUUACAUGUGUACUUGGAUGGUGCCACGAAGGUCGGUCUCCUCAACCUGUCGGUUCACCAGACUGACCACCCAUCUGUAGCUUCAGUCCGGCCGGCUCUCCACAAGACACUGGAUGCCAUACACUUCCCUAGUUACAAGGCCCCAGAAUGUGUAUUGCCAUGGUGUAUGGAGCUAAUGCAGGAGCUGAAACUAAAUGAGCAGAUUACCCAGUCUCUGGAGCAGGCUGAUCGCAAGUCCAGGCACAAAGAUGACAACGUACUGGAGGAUAUUGCAGCUAUUAUACUGCCCAAAGUUAAUGAGCUGAGGUCGGCUGUGACUGAGCAGGACAGGAAGCAGGUGGAAAGACUACUUCCUAUUCUCAACAAGAGGUUGACUCUUGCCGGGGAUGGACUCGGAGACUCUCUGCAGGCACACGCGGCUCUACAAGACUGGUGGGAUCAGCCAGCACAGAGUUGUGUCCCUUGGGUGAAGGUUGACAAUCACACAUACAAGGAGUGGCAGGAUAGAUGGAAGGUCAUGGUCACUAGACUGGUCCAGCUGCAGGUUCAGAGGUAGACUGCGUUACCCCCUAGGCUGCUGCACACAAGACAUGACUUCCCAGAACUAACAAGGAAAACCUGGCUGAUCACUAUUGGACAUUCCUGACAACUCUGGAGAGACUGAACAAGCCAUAUGAUACAGAAUGUAUAGUCCUUAAUGUUAUCAGUGUGAUAGCAAUGAGCUUGUAAAUUUAGCUGUGUUGCUGAGAUUUGUCAAUCUAUUGACAGUUA